CAAUUCUGUCUGAAUUACUAUGCGUCUGCGAAGGAAGUAAGGACUGGCAGCUUAGAAAAUAAACAAAAGACGAGCUCAGAUUAAUAAAUGUUUUUUAGGUUAACCAUAAUCUUUUAAUCACGUUUGUGCAGUCUUUAGGUUGAUCUAUCAGCAAGGACUGUCCGAUUAGCCAUGAAUCCAGACCUAUCGCUGCGAGUUAGCGUCUUCUCCGAACAAGGAGGAAGGAAAUAUAUGGAGGAUUUAACUGAGGUGAUAGUGGAGCUCGAACCCAGCGACGAUGAGCUGCGAGCGGCCGGACACACUGAUCCAAAGCCGGACCAAGAGCCUGUCACUGAAAGCGACCCGCCGGACUGUGCAAACAAGCCUUUACCCGUCAUGGUAACGUGGAGAAACACACUAUCGACCGAUGAGACCGACGGUACAGAGGAGCUCCUGACUCAACCGGCGGCAGCGGACAGCAGGAGAUCGGUCGCAUUCUUCGCUGUGUUUGACGGCCACGGAGGGCGAGAAGCCGCGCUGUUCGCUCGAGAUCACCUCUGGGAUUUUCUAAAGAAGCAGCGGGGUUUUUGGUCUAAGGAUUACCGGAAAGUUUGUGCCGCAAUACGCAAGGGCUUCAUCGCUUGUCAUCAUGCAAUGUGGAAAAAGCUUCCUGAAUGGCCAAAAACAUUAACUGGCCUCCCCAGUACCUCGGGCACUACAGCCAGUGUUGUGGUCAUCAGAGGGGACCGCAUGUUUGUGGCUCAUGUCGGGGACUCGUCUGUUGUGCUGGGUGUGAGGGAAGAUCCCGCUGAUAAAGUGAUCAAAGCUGUGGAGGUCACACAAGACCACAAGCCCGAGCUCCCGAAAGAGAAGCAGAGAAUUGAGGGGCUGGGAGGCAGUGUGGUGAAGAAGUCUGGUGUGAACCGUGUGGUGUGGAAGAGGCCUAGGCUGACUCACAACGGCCCGGUCAGAAGGAGCACCCCGAUCGAUCAGAUCCCCUUCCUCGCUGUUGCCAGAGCUCUGGGUGAUCUAUGGAGUUAUGACUUCUACAGUGGAGAGUUUGUGGUGUCUCCUGAGCCUGACACCAGUGUGGUGACACUUGACCCAAGACGGCAUCGUUACAUCAUCGUUGGCAGUGACGGCCUUUGGAACAUGGUGCCACCACAGGAGGCGGUGACUGUGUGCCAGAGCCAUGAUGAAGCUGUGGCACCCUUCGGGAUGUCGGUUGCACGUCGGUUGGGGUGCCAUGCGUUGAUGCGAUGGCGUCAAAGGAUGCUACGUGCAGACAAUACCAGCGUCAUAGUUAUCGCCCUUCCUGAGCCUGGCAAACCCCACCUACCUAUGCACAGAGAUGAAGUCAUACUCAGCCUAGCAGAGGGCCCGCACUGUGACCCAGCAAUAGGGUCCCGCUCCAACACACCACUCAUCAAGACCCCGGAUCCAGACCUGUCCUCAGCCAGCAGCGAGUCUUUGCCAGCGCUGGAGAGGAGGAAUGGUCUGUCAGGAGUGAGUCUCAGCGCAGAACCCCCGUUAGAGGAAAACCUCCCUUAUAUUGAGCUCACGGACAAAGCUGCCUUGACUGUGUGCCCCAGUGAGGACAACUGGACCCCACAGAUGCCCCUGUCCUCACCAGAUGUGUCAAGUCCGGUGGGGAAGAGGCCCAGACGCAGCCCCCUCACCCCGAGCAGCUCCCGCCGGAGGACUGGGGAACGCUCCGUACCCAAACGCAACACUGCCAAGAGUGCCAAACGGACCCCCAGCGUCCCAAUACUACAGCACCGCAAAGCAACCCUCUGCGUCUGCUGAACUCCUCCAUCAGACUGCACACAAACAAGCAAAGAUGGACGUUCAACCUACACCCUGGUCUCUAAUGUUCUGCAUGGUCACAAGAAUAAAUAACUGCUAUUGUUUUGACUAUGCCACCGUUUUCAUUUGUAAUGUAUGAUUUUUUUUUUUAAGUCUUGUGUUAUCAUUGUGUUUUUUCCCCUUUCACUUUUAAUGAUGUGAGGGUAAAAAAAUAAAUCUCCCUUUUAGCGUUUGGAUUUAUAGUUAGUUAUUUUAUAUGAAAAAAAAAAAAGGAAAGGAUUCAGAUCAGUCUCUCAAAGGCAUAUUCAUUUAAAGGAUGUAUUUAAUCUUUUACCCUUUAAAUUAAACAGAAUUGUUCAAGUCCAUCUUUUAAAUUUCAUGAAUUACUUGUACAGAUUUUCUGAAAAUGACCAAAUAGUUGUACACAUACAAUAUAUAAUAUUUUUAUACUUGUUAUAUUUUUUCGAAAUAACCAAUUUUCUUGCCCCACAAUACUUAUGUGCACAUUUGCCCAUGCCAAUAUACUUUAUUCUUUGUGCAUUAAAUAUUCACACCAGUAUUCAAUGUAUUUGUUAGCAUUGCCCUGUCUUUCUAAUUUUGAGUUGCUUUCAGAGUGCAUGAAUUGAAACUAUCUGAGACAUAUCUCUGAUCAUUGGACUACAGAGCAAUUGUUUUUAUCAUUAUUAUUAUUAUUAUUUUUUAUAUAAAAUCUUUGUAAAGGGUGAGGAUUGCAUGUUCUGUUAUAUCCUUAGAAACUGGAAUUUUCUUGGGGCGUGUUCUCUUUUUUUGACUAUUGUAUGAUGGAAUCUACAUUUUCGUAUGUAUUUCGAUAUUGUAAGUUAUUUAAUAUCAAUAAUGUCUGUUAAUGUAAAGCAGAUAACAUCUUCCAACACCAGUUCCAGAGCUAAUGUGAUGUGUGGUUAUAAGCUGAUGUUUAGAUCGAGAGUGUACAGCACAUUUUUAGCAGGAGGUUUGUUGCCCUAUGUUUGAGACUUUGUCUUUUGAAGAAGAUUUUCCAGUAAACUGUCAAAGUGGAUACGAAGUAACAUUUUUAUAGUGUUGUUUAAUGAACUGUCACUAUUUGGUAUAGUGGCAGUUUUGGUUUGAGUACUUUGUGGUGUUGCCUGAAUGACAGUUACAGUUUGAUGGAGGUUUAUUAAAAAGACAAAAAUCCAA